AUGUCGCAGAAAACCCGAAAGGAUUAUGAGGCAGAGGUGCGAUCGUGGGGUUUCUCCCACGUUUUCACCUGGACUGACGGCCCAAACGCGCACUACAGACCGCAUUCUCAUCAGGGCUUGACAACGCAUCUUAUCCUUGAUGGCCAGUUGACGAUCACUUACCCGAAGGACCCUAAACCUGAGAAAAAGACUUACGGUGUCGGCGACCGCAUCGACGUUGAUGCUGGCCGCGUCCAUGAGGUCUGGAUGGGCAAUCAGGGCUGUACAUACGUCAUCGGAGAAUGA